AUGAAGGUGUUAGCAAUAACAUUCUGUUUUUUCUUGUUUUUCAUUUCGACAAACACCAAGUUUAGUGUUUGUAUUGACAUUUGCAGAGAAAAUGAGCAACAAGCAUUAGAGAGUCUGAAGAAAGAAGUAUAUGAUCCCACAAAUUUUCUCUCCUCUUGGAUUGUUGGGAAAGAUUGUUGUGAAUGGGAAGGGGUUGUGUGUCACAAUCUGACUCGUCAUGUGAUUGAACUACACAUAGGCGGUGAUGGACCAAAUCUUCUAAGCAAUAACCUUGGGUGGCUUCCAAGUCUUUCAAAUCUUGAGAACUUGGAGAUGGAGGGUGUGGAUCUCAGCAAUGCAACUAACUGGCUACAGGUCAUUAACAUGCUUCCUUCUCUUGUUGAGCUUCGUUUAAUUGAUUGUAGUCUUCAUCAUAUACCACCUCUACUUCAUCAUAAUUUUUCUUCAUUUGAAACACUCGACCUUUCUAGGAAUAACUUUAGAUCUUCUAUUCCCAAAUGGGUUUUCGAUCUCCCUAGUCUUGUUUCUCUUGAUUUGAGUUAUAGUAAUUUUAUUGGCCCUUUUCCCGAAGGUCCUGUUAACUUUACUUCUCUCACGAGCUUCAGGGCAAGUGGCAACUCUUUCAAUUGUCUUUUACCCAGAUGGUUGUUUGAUCUUAAUAAUCUUGAAACUCUUGAGCUUGGUUCUAGUGGUAUAGAAGGUGCGAUGCCGAGUGAGGCCGCAAACGUAACAAAACAUAAAUAUCUUGAUCUUUCAUUCAACAACCUCAACUCCACUAUCCCGAAUUGGUCAUAUCGAUGCAAAGAUUUGGAAUCACUUAGUCUUCAAGGAAACAAUAUUGAGGGAGUAGUUUCAAAUGCGAUUUCAAAUUUGAGCUCAAUAACUAGCAUUGACCUUUCUGGAAAUAUGCUUUCUGGAAAAUUACCAAAUGUAAUAGGAAAGUUAUCGAAAUUAGGUUCGCUUGAUCUCUCAGGAAAUCUAUUCGAGGGAGAACUAUUUGAAUUGUUCAACAGUAGGAGUAAUUUCCUUCCCGCAGGAUUGAGAAAUAGUUCUUCUUUGACGAGAUUGUAUCUAAGAGACAAUAAACUGACUGGAACUCUCCCAGAGAGUCUUAGCCAACUCACAAUUCUAGAUGAAUUUGACAUCUCUAAUAAUACGUUGGAAGGUGUUGUAACAGAAAGCCAUUUCACCAACUGGACACAAUUAAGGCACUUCUUUGCAUCUAACAAUAAUCUGACUUUAAAAGUUAGUCAAAAGUGGAUUCCACCUUUCCAAGCCUAUCGUAUUUUAAUAGGCAGCUGGAAUAUAGGUCCUCUAUUUCCCAUGUGGCUCCAGACUCAAAAGAAUAUAAUUAGUGUGGACAUAUCAAAUGGUGGAAUACAAGGUGAGGUUCCAACUUGGUUUUGGAAAUUAUCUUCCCAAUUUCAGUUUCUCGAUCUUUCUCACAACCAGUUUGUUGGGGAGGUUCCAACUUGGUUUUGGAACUUAUCUUCCCAGUUUCGGAUUCUCGAUCUUUCUCAUAACCAAUUUAUUGGUGAGGUUCCAAUCAUUUCAACACCUUAUAUUUUGUUAAUGUUAUUGGGUUCCAACAAUUUCUAUGGUCCGCUACCUCAGGUUCCACCCGAUUUAAAUGGGCUAGACCUCUCGAACAAUUCUUUUUCAGGAGGUUUAUCUCACUUAUUGUGCGAAACAAAUAAGAACAGAUCCUAUGAAUUGAAUAUCUUAAAACUCGAGGGAAAUGAUUUGUCAGGAGAAAUUCCUGAUUGUUGGAUGAAUUGGCCAGAGUUGAUAGUUUUAAACUUGGGGGACAAUAACUUGAUUGGAGGAAUACCAAGAUCCAUGGAGGUUUUAAGUAAUUUGUUAUCUUUGGACUUCCGAAGAAAUAGACUUACUGGUCCAUUACCUUCGUCAUUAGCAAACUGUACAAAGUUGCUGAAAAUUGAUUUAGCUGAGAACGAAUUCGUUGGACAACUACCACCAUGGUUAGGAAUGAGGCUUUCAAAAUUGAUAAUUCUUAGCCUUAGCUCAAACAGAUUCUAUGGUGAAUUGCCUCUAGAAAUUUGUUACCUCAAAGGUCUUCAAAUCUUAGACCUUGCAAACAAUAGUUUCGUUGGAACCAUACCAAGGUGUAUUAGCAAUUUAACAGCAAUGAUCGCCAAAAAGAAGUUGGGGAAACUUGAUCUUGAGUAUUUUCUAGAUGUAGUUGGACCAAGUUUUAGAGAAAAAGCAAUGGUGACAACUAAAGGCAAUAACUACCAAUAUGAUAAAACAUUGGCAUUGGUUACCAGCAUGGAUAUGUCUAACAAUAAUCUCUGUGGAGAUAUUCCUAUAAGUUUUACCAGUCUUGUAAGAUUGAGAUUCUGUAAUUUCUCAAAAAACCAUCUGACAGGUAUGAUCCCAAAUGGCAUUGGUGACAUGAAAGUGCUUGAAUCCAUUGAUCUUUCAAAAAAUCAACUUUCUGGUCAAAUCCCGCAAAGCAUUUCGAGUUUGUCAACUUUGAGCUUCCUGAAUCUAUCUUAUAACAAUUUGUCAGGAAAGAUACCUGUGGGCACUCAACUUCAAAGCUUUACUUACUCGAGUUUCCAGGGAAAUGAGCUUUGCGGGCUUCCACUCUUGGUGAACUGCAGUUCAGGUGGUCAAAUUCCUGAUGUUGAUAUUGAAAAAGAUGAGAGUGAUGAAGAUGAACUAGAUUGGUUCUACAUUGCAAUGUCAAUAGGAUUUGGUCUUAGCUUUUGGGGAGUAUGUUCUUGUUUGCUUUUCAAGAGAUCAUGGAGACAUGCUUAUUAUCAGUUUUUAGAUAGUUGUUGGGAAUCCUUGCGUGUAAAGAUACAAAUAUGGGAAUGGAUAUGA